AUGGAGUUCAAAGGGGAAGAAAAUACAUCCACAACAGUCAGUAAACGAUUGUAUUGCAAAGAAUCCAAUGGUAUAUUAGAGAAAGUUAACAGUUCACUGACAAGCAAAGACUGGCUGAUCAUUUGUCAUGAUAUCACAGAUGCUCUCGCUCACAUUCACUCCAAAGGCUUUCUUCAUUGUGGUCUCAAAUCAAACAAUGUUCUUGUAACUGAUAAACAUGGCCAAAUUAUAGACUUUGGAAAGGCCUGUGACAGUUCAUUUCCCCCUGCAAAGAAGUACACUUUUCAAUAUAGGCACAUUGCUCCUGAAGUUCUGAAUGGCACCCAUUGUAGCAAAGCCAGUGAUGUUUAUUCCCUUGGCCAAAUCCUGCAUGAAGUAGCUACAAAGCAAGAAAUUCCAAUGUUACUUGUCAAUGCUCAAAAAUGCUUGGACAGCAACACCACAAGGAGACCAACAACAAAAGGACUAAUGGCAUCACUGGCCUCUUUAAUAUGUAGCCUCUAG